CAUGCAAGUAAAGACCCCAAAGAUGGGAGAGACAGCAGAGAUCAAAAAGAAUCCAAGGAGGAAGGCAACAAAAACAUCCUGGAGUUUGGGAAGCCGUUGCCAUUGCCCUCUCUCCCAGGCCUUCACCAGUCACUACCUCAGAACCAGAGCUAUGUGGCCACCACAAAGUCGCAGACAGUUUGCUUCUCGUUUCUAGCUGCUGCAGUAUCUCGGAAGAAAAAAAGGAGAAUGGGAACCUAUAGCCUGGUUCCCAAGAAAAAGGCCAAAGUGUUAAAACAGAGAACAAUGAUUGAGAUGUUUAAGAGCAUAACUCAUUCCUCUGCGGGUGCCAAGAGCGAAAAGGACCUGGGUGAUGCCAGCCCUCACGUGAACGGGGAAAGCAUGGACGUAGACUCUGAAGAGGAAGACUCUGAUGAGUUGGAAGAGGAGGAUGAUCAUGGAGCAGAACAGGCAGCUGUGUUUCCUGCAGAUGAUAACAGAACCUCUAAGGACAGUGCAUCUGAUGCAGACAACGCCAGAAAGAUUGAUGAUGGUGAGUCUGAGGAGGAACAAGAGUCUGGAGAGUCUAUGGAGGAGGAGGAGGAUGGAGAUGAGUCUGACUUGAGCUCAGAGUCCAGCGUCAAGAAGAAACUGUUGAAGAGGAAAGGAAAGACCGACAGUCCAUGGUUGAAACCCACCCGCAAGAGGAGAAGGAGGAAUAAAAAGAAACAAGCCAGUAUGUUAGGUGCCGAAGCCUAUAAACCAUCCUUGGGAGGCAGAGAGGGCCCCGGCCAGGAGAACAGCAUGGAGUACAUGGAGGUGUCCCUGGAUUCCCUGGAUCUCCGGGUGCCGCCGGGAG